GGCACCCUGAAUGUAACAGCGCUAUCACCACCAUCACAGCGAGCGUCUCCCUAGCAAGGUGUCCACUAUCGGCAGCUAGCUGUUGUUUUUACCUCGGGUUUUAAUUGAAACAUUUUGAUACUAACUUGUACUUGACACCUCUGGACGCUUGCUGCCAUGAAGGAGAGCAGGAUUUUUGUGAUUUUCUUGGUGCUUUCCGCCUCUCUUCUGUGCACAGCCGAAGCGGGCAGGGGCAGGAGCGGCAGCAGCAACCAGAACAGCUUCAGACGGGCAGCUAACGGGAUCUACCAGACUCUGAGCAGCGUGUUCGGAGAGGAUAACAUCAGAGCCCUGUACAAGUUUUUCUCCAAAGCAACAGAGCGAUUCGUCCAUGGAGUGGACUCUUUUAUGGAUACCAUAUGGAAGAUCUGGUCAGAUCUGCUUGAUGUGAUGGGAAUUGAUUCUUCAAACCUCAGCCACUACUUCAGCCUCACGUCUCUAAGCAACUCCCCAGCACGCGCCUUGCUCCUGCUCGCUGCCGUACUGUUGGCCUACUGGUUCCUAUCCAUGUUCCUGGGGGGAGUGUUUUAUCUGCUGCACGCAGUUUUUGGACGCUUCUUCUGGCUGGCGAGGGUCAUACUUUUCGCCCUGUCCUGCCUCUACAUCCUGCAGAAGUUCGAGGGCGACCCGGAGCGAGCCGUGCUGCCUCUAUGCUUCAUCAUGGCUGUGUACUUCAUGACGGGACCCGUUGGAGCGUACUGGCGUCGAGGGGGCGGGGCGGGCACGCUGGAGGAGAAAAUCGACCACCUGGACACUCAGAUCAGGCUGCUCAACAUCAGGCUGAGCCGCGUCAUAGACAGCCUCGAGCACAGCGGGGAGCAGUAGACCCGCAGCAAGGAGAAGGGUUAGUCUUGGCCACAAGUAUUUAACUCACUUUCCUGAUAACAUCCGCAGGAAAACAACUACCAGGUAUUUACAACUCAACUGUCAGGUGGGAUAAACUAAGAUCUGAACACAGGGUUUUAAAGGCUUGAGUCGAUUAUUGGAACAUAAAUGUAAAAUUUCUCUAAGAUUUAGACACGUCGACCAAACCAAACAUUUUUGCUUGAUUAUGGUAAACAGAAAAAGAUUGGGAAAUUUUUUUGUACCUCUUUAAAGAAAAGUUUAACUGUGAGCUCUCUUUCUCUUUUACACAUCUUAGCAACUUAUAACAAGCUGUCAAAUGAUAGAUUUAUUUUUCUUUUGUUGAAGUACAUAGAGUGCUCAUGCUAAGAAAAUAAACAUUUUAUAUUUAGAUUUUUGCCCUUUUGAAACCCCUUGAAAUCUGUUUGAAACUACUGUAAAAAAAAAAAGAAAUAAUGUGAGCACGAAUGCCUGACUCGAAUUGAGACAUUGUUAUUUCUGAUAUGUAAAGAUGUUAUAUAGUUGUCCACAGUGAGAUUUAUUUAUUUCAUCCAAACAUAUUGAAAUUUUUUCUGAUUAAUGACCAUCAUGUGGCGAAUGUGACGUCCA